CUACGUAUUAUACUUGCACAUUACACGUAUGCAUCACUUUUAUAUUUAGCUGGUAAGAAGCAACGGCAACACAUAUUUGUCAUUUCUUUCUUCCAAAAUUUUGUUGAAUUUCAAAGGUAACCAAACCGUGGCAAAAUGGCUGGGACUUUAUACACAUACGAUGAAAACUUCCGUGCUUAUAAAGCUUUAAUUGCAGCACAGUUUUCUGGUGCUAAAGUAAAUGUUGCAAAAGACUUUGUUUUUGGUGAAACUAACAAAACUGCCGCAUAUUUACAAAAAUUCCCAACGGGAAAAGUUCCAGCUUUCGAAACAGCUGAUGGUAAAUAUCUGCUUGAAAGUAACGCAAUCGCUUUUUAUUUAGCUAAUACACAAUUGCGUGGUACAAAUGACUUUCAACAAGCUGAAAUUCAACAAUGGAUUAGCUUUGCUGAUAAUGAAAUCCUUCCAGCUUCAUGCGCAUGGGUAUUUCCGUUACUCAGUAUAAUGCAGAAUAAUAAGCAAGUCAUUCAAAAUGCUAAGGAGGACAUAACUGCAGCCUUAGAAAUCUUAAAUAAAAGAUUAAUCCACAAUACUUUUUUGGUUGGCGAGCGUAUCACUUUAGCUGAUAUUAUUGUAUUCUGCAAUCUCAUUCAUUUAUACCAAUAUGUUUUGGAACCGUCCUUACGUGCACCAUAUGGUUCUGUAACUAGAUGGUUUACCACAAUCUUAAAUCAACCUCAAGUUAAAGCCGUUGUAAAGCCAUUCGAAUUAUGUACUAAGACUUUAGAAUUCGAUGCUAAAAAAUAUUCCGAAUUUCUUGCAAGACCAUCAGGAAAACAAAAAGAUGAAAAAAAGCAACAAGGUAAACAAGAAAAAAAAAAGGAAACUAAACCUGCUGAAGAAUCCACUGCUGUCGCAGAGGAAGAAGAAGCAGCUCCAGCUGUCCAAGGAUUUGAUUUUGAAACAUUCAAACGUGUCUAUUCAAAUGAAGAUGAAUCAAAAUCAAUUCCAUACUUUUGGGAUAAGUUCAAUGAGAAUGCCGGUGAUUGCUCAAUUUGGUUUGGGGAAUAUAAAUAUAACGAUGAGUUAACUAAAGUUUUUAUGAGUUGUAAUUUGAUCACUGGUAUGUUCCAACGUUUGGAUAAGAUGAGAAAAUAUUCGUUUGCUUCAGUAUGCUUAUUUGGUGAAGAUAACAAUAGCUCCAUUUCUGGUAUUUGGAUAUGGCGUGGUCAAGAUCUUAUGUUCACACAAUCACCAGAUUGGCAAAUCGAUUACGACUGUUACGAAUGGAAAAAAUUAGAUCCGGCAUCUGAAGAAACUAAAAAACUUGUUCAGCAAUAUCUUUCUUGGACUGGGGAAGACAAGAAAGGACGUAAAUUUAAUCAAGGAAAAAUUUUCAAAUAAAAUACAUAAUUUUUGUCCAAUUAAAAAACUAUUUUGCUGAAAAUAAAAGUUAAUUUUUAUAUGAAAUCAAAAGUUUA